GACCUCCCCGUGCAGAGAUGGCGGCUGUGAGAUGGUGUAGCGGUGUCCUCCGCUCUGUUUAUAGAGGUGGGAUCUCUGCACCAGUGAUAAGGACCAGCUGCCAAUUCCACAGCCUCAGACUUCCACAGCUUCCACAAGAACCAUGUUACUUAUCGACUUAUCACAAUGUCUCUAUUCAGCAAGCAAGGCUGGCAAGCAGUUUCUUUGGCAAAUUGACAGCAAAUGAGCUGUGGAAAGGAGUGUUGGCAGAUACGUCAGGAGGAUCUCGUAAGGGAAGAGGUAAAAGAACCAAGAAGAGGAUUAAAAAGAAUCUGAACGUUGGACAGCGUAUUGGAGACGGAAAAUCUGGAUUUCUGUGGCCAGGCUUGAAUUCACCUAUAGUAUUGAACAAAAAGGAGCAAAACAUUGAACAGCGGAAUAAAGAGCAGCAGGAAGAAAGGCAAGCUCAGAUAUUUAAGGAGAGAGAUCAGUGGGAGAAAAAGAAGAAGACCAGAGUUAGAAGAGAAGAGAGAGGAUGGACUGGAAGAAGCUGGGGUGGACUCAGCGUUGGAAAACCUGAUCCAGGUCCUAAUGGAGAAAAAUAUGAAGAUUUUGAAUGCAGAGUGAUUGAGCUGAAAAGUGUAUUCACCAUGACAGCCAAAGAAGGAAGGAAGAGAAGUAUGAGUGCCUUAGUGGUGGUUGGCAAUGGCAAUGGAGCAGCUGGGUUUGCAGUUGGAAAAUCCAACGACAGAGCGAUAGCACUAAGAAAAGCAAAGAACAGAGCUGUCCAUUAUCUGCAUUACGUAGAACGAUACAACAAUCAUACAAUAUAUCAUGAUAUCACAACAAAAUUUAAGAGAACAACAAUUAAAAUGAAGAAACAAAACCCAGGUUAUGGUCUUCAUUGCCAUAGAGCAAUCAUCACUAUCUGCAAACUGAUUGGCAUCAAGGACAUGUAUGCCAGGUUGUCAGGUUCUCACAAUCUGCUUAACAUUACAAAUGCACUCUUCCAGGGUCUGACCAAGCAGGAAACGCAUCAAGAACUAGCCAGCAGAAAAGGUCUACAUGUUGUGGAGUUUAGAGACGAAUGUGGUCCCCUUCCUAGAAUUGUGGCUACACCUCAUGGACCUCUUUCAACAGUUCCCGAACCUGAAGGGGAAAUAGUUGACACACCACUCGACUGGGAUGAUGUUAAGGUGACCCAGGGAAUAAAGCGCUCUGUCUGGGCCAAUGUGAAAAGGACAAUUUGGUGAAGCUCUAAAAUCGAUCUAACAGUCUAGAGGGGAUACAACUAUCCAGUGGCUGUUAUCCGUUCUUUGUCUAUGUGAUUAUC